GAGGAUGCUGUUCUGAUCGAUCGCCAUUUACGCGGCUUGAGAUGGCAUGACAUAUCGCUUGAAUUGGGUACCAGAUCUCCUCACGAUUGUGCUGCAAGAUGGUGCAAUGUCCUACGCCCUGGAAAUGAUGGCCCGUUUGGUCUAAUCGAACGUGCUAUGCUCAAAGAGCUAUAUGACACACACGGUGCCAGGUGGUCUAGAAUCGCCUCACUUCUUGGUCGGCAUCCUCGCAUGGUAAAAGACAUGUGGGAACAGAUGCAAAUGGAACAAGAAAGCAUUAAAACUCAAAUGGCAAUAGCACGGUUACUGCGCUGA